GCUGGCGGGUUGGCCGGUGGCCGUUUGAUCGCGUUUUCAUUUGUCUCUGUGAGAUCGUCGGAUAGGGGUGUACCGUAUACUCCAGUACACGGAAUGCCUCCACCACCCACCACGCCUUCACCCUACCCGUCCCUUAUUUCCCCUUCCUCCCCUUUCAUGAUUCCCCCCGAUAGAGUAUCGAUUGUCGUCCCCAUACCGAGUAUGAUACCAGUAGCAGUGUGAUCCCCGUCAUGCAGCGAUUCAACCGGAACUCAUCUCUGCGUGAAAUUGUAACUUGUUCGAAUGGAUGAGAUGUUUUUACAUGCGCAUCACCCCUUUAUCAGUGCACCGUCAGAGCCGUCGGUCUGCACCCGGCAGACAGGCAGCCUUUUUUAUUUUAUUUUUGGAUUCUCUACUCCGCUGGAGCCCAGAGUUUUACUCGAGUACAGAUACUACGGUGGUACCGGUACUCGAGUAAAACUCUGGGGAAACAUUUGCUCCAAAGGCGGCGAAUUGGACCGGGGCCUUGGAUCAAGGGGCAGCCGCCAACACCCGCCAGACCGCAACCGGAUUGACAAUUUGAAACUUCACUUCGCCCUCAGAAAAUGGGGCCAUGUAGGAUACCGGUAUCGAGAUCAAUCCGGCUCAACACGCUGCCAGCAUGAUACACGAGCACUGGAGUAACUGCCGCGCUCCUACUGUACUGUAGAGUACUGUACCGGUAUCCAAGUUGCACCCAUCGAGGCAUUCGUUGGUUCAAUAGUCGACAAUCCAAUGGUAAAAUACUCUCUCGCCAAGCCAACAAACCAUCAGCCAACUGCUACUAUACUCGAGCACUGUACGAUAUCCAACCACUACCAACAUCCCCAUCCCACAGGCUAUCCAAAUUCUCCUCCCCAUCCGAGCCACCUCGUAUCGAAAUACCCCCCCCCAAUCUCUCGCACUACCGUACAGGUACAAGAAGAGGAACCGUCAACCCUGUAAAUGACCUCAGCCCCAGCCCCAAUCUUACGUCGGGCAUUACUCUAUGGUAGGUAAUUCGAUCCCAAUUCCCGGUAUUGGGGAUGUUGACUGAUGAUACGUGUACCGUAUGCGUCCGGAUACAAAGUUCCCGGAUCGAGUAAACGGAUGAUGGAGAGGGCGAGAGGCUUGGACGUUGACUGUGUUGUGGGUCGCAUGUUCCGUUGCCCUGUAGAUCCUGCCGGUUAAGCUUUAUGUUUGCUUUUGAUAUGCCGUGCUUUUCUUUUGUUCUUUUGUUCUUUUUUUCUUUUUCUUUCCACCUUUUCCUUUACUGGAUGAUCCGGCCUUUGUCGUGUCCCGUGCCCGAAUCUGCGGGCGAUACCCUACGAGUCUGAUGCCCCUGAGACCGUGAGAUUCCGUUUCCUUUUGUUCUCCCGGUUGUGGUUGGUAUAGCCCUUCGAUCGUGUUGAUCACAUGCGUCGUGCUAUCCCUUCAUUCGUUCCAUUUUUCUAUCAACCGUGCCCAUCCCCAUGACCUGGAAGCAUAACAGCUUCCUUAUACUCGAGUACCCGGUUUACCCCAAUCCCCCAAUCCCUCAAUUGCCUCAACCACUUUGGCCGCAUCUUGGCCAUGCAGGAACGGGAUCUUACUCCUCCCUUACCCAAACGUAAAGCACGGAGACUGAUCUGCCAAUUAAACUCUUCCCCCCUGUUCCGCUUCUGCACAAACAGACAUUCGACCUUGAAGACGCUGUAACUGCCACCGAGAAGCCUACCGCCAGGCACAUAAUCAAGGAUGCCUUAAACCUCCCGAGGCCGAGAGGGGUGAGGGAAAUUGGUGUUAGGAUUAACGCUGUUGGGUCGGGGCUUGCAUUGGAGGACUUGGGGGUUGUGGUCUGUCCAUUGAGUUUAACUGGAAUUGGGGGAGAGCGAUGGAUUGUGGUGACUGACCAUGAGGGUGGAAACAGUUGCAAGGAAAGAAUUUGGACACGAUUGUUGUGCCGAAAGUGGAAAGUGCGGGAGAUCUGUCAGUUUCCGCUCACCCCAUCCCUACACGUCCUUAUGUCCCCCGCCCCCUACUGACCCGUUAGCCACUGCUAUGCUCGAUAGAACAUUCGUAUCAAACGUUCUAGACCACUCAAAUCACCCCAAAAGAUCCUCAGUGAAAAUUCUCGGUCCGUCCCCCUGCCCUUCAAGUUCCUCCCCCCCCCCAGACCCCGUCCACUAAGACACCCCCAAAGCCCUUCUAGAAUCUGCCCGCUCAAUAAUCGACAUCCGCCAAAUCAGCGGCUCAACCCCCCGCCUCUCGGGCCUAAUAUUCGCAGCGGAGGACUUUGCAAAAGAUCUCUCCAUAACCCGCACCCCCUCGCUGACAGAAUUCCUCCUUGCCAGACAGACAAUCGCCAUGGCGGCGCGGGCAUACAGCAUCCCGUCCGCAAUUGACCUGGUCUGCACAUCCUACCGGGACGUCGCGGUUCUCGAGCGGGAAUGUCUGGAUGGGGUAGGGAUGGGGUUCAACGGGAAGCAAGUCAUACAUCCCUCUCAGGUGGAUGUCGUGCAGAGGCUGUUCCUGCCCGGGGAGGAGCAGGUACGGGUGGCUGUCAGGGUGUUAGUCGCGGAGGAGGUCGCGCAGGCUGAGGGGAGGGGGAGCUGGGGGCUUGACGGGCGGAUGGUGGACAGGCCAGUUGUUGAGGCCGCGAGAAGAAUUGUGGGGAAGAUGGAGGCUGCUGGGGUGGAUAUUAGUGGGGUCUGGGAGGCGGAAAAGGAGACGAAGCCAGAG